UUUUAGAGGAGGCAGGGAGCUGUGGAUCCAUCCCAUCGUCGGAAUCCUAGCUGAGAAACAACUUGUAAUGGAGCCUUCACCUCUUGAGUUACCAGCUGAGACACUUCAACGCAUCGCAUCUGAACUUAGAUGUCACCCGGCAGAUGAGAAGGUUGCCCUCCAUCUUGAUGAGGAAGAUAAGCUGAGGCACUUCAGGGAGCAUUUUCAUAUCCCCAAAAUGCAGGAUCUACCUAAAAUUGAUUUAUCUUUAGUGAAUAAGGAUGAAAAUGCCAUCUAUUUCUUAGGAAAUUCUCUUGGCCUUCAACCAAAAAUGGUUAAAACAUAUCUGGAAGAAGAACUAGAUAAGUGGGCCAAAAUGGGAGCCUAUGGUCAUGACAUAGGGAAACGUCCUUGGAUUACAGGAGAUGAGACUAUUGUCGGCCUUAUGAAUGACCUUGUAGGAGCCAAUGAGAAAGAAAUAGCCCUAAUGAAUGCUUUGACUGUUAAUUUACAUCUUCUACUGCUAUCAUUUUUUAAGCCUACAGCAAAACGGUAUAAGAUUCUUCUGGAAGCCAAAGCCUUCCCUUCAGAUCAUUAUGCUAUUGAGUCGCAGCUUCAACUACAUGGACUUAACAUCGAGAAGAGUAUGCGGAUUAUAAAGCCAAGAGAGGGGGAAGAUACAUUGAGAACAGAGGAUAUCCUUGAAGUAAUUGAGAAGGAAGGAGACUCGAUUGCGGUGAUCCUGUUCAGCGGGAUACAUUUUUACACUGGCCAGCUCUUUAAUAUACCUGCCAUCACCAAAGCCGGACAAGCAAAGGGUUGUUUUGUUGGCUUUGAUCUAGCACAUGCAGUUGGAAAUGUCGAACUCCACUUACAUGACUGGGGAGUUGAUUUUGCCUGCUGGUGCUCCUACAAGUAUUUAAACUCAGGAGCAGGGGGCCUUGCGGGUGCCUUUGUCCAUGAAAAACAUGCUCAUACAAUUAAACCUGCGUUAGUGGGAUGGUUUGGCCAUGAACUCAGCACCAGAUUUAAGAUGGAUAACAAACUGCAGUUAAUCCCUGGGGUUGGUGGAUUUCGAAUUUCAAAUCCUCCCAUUUUGUUGGUCUGUUACUUACAUGCUAGUUUAGAGGUCUUUAAGCAAGCGACUAUGAAAGCAUUGAGGAGAAAAUCUAUUUUGCUAACUGGUUAUCUGGAAUUCAUGAUCAACCAUUACUAUAACAAAGAUAAAGCAGAUACCAAGAGACCAUUUGUGAACAUAAUUACUCCAUCCCGCAUAGAGGAUCGUGGCUGCCAACUAACACUAACAUUUUCUAUUCCAAUAAAAAAUGUAUUCCAAGAACUAGAAAAACGAGGAGUGGUUUGUGACAAGCGGGAACCAGAUGGCAUCCGAGUGGCUCCAGUUCCUCUCUACAACUCUUUUCAUGAUGUUUAUAAGUUUAUCAAAAUACUUGCUUCUGCACUUGACUCUGCAGAAACCAAAAAUACCAAUGUUCUUUAGAACAACUUAAGUAAUACUAAAAGCUACUAUGGCUGUUUUAUUAUCGUUGUUCUAAUUUUAAUAAUUGAAAGCUUUUCAAAACCUAUUGCACAUAACUGGCAAUAAAUUGUAUGGUUUACAGAAAAAUCUGAUACAUUAUCUCUAAGGGUCUGGGGUCCUGAGGAAUCCACAUGUCUGUCCAAUUUUUCCAUGCAUGGUGGAUCAAAGU